AAUGCACAAAACCAAACAAUCGACCAGAAAAAUUGUACAAAAUUCAAUAAACAAAUGAACACAUCUCUGUAUCACUUAUUUAAAAUAAAAAAGUAAAAGUUUUUCGAAAAAAAUACCACAAAAAUGGACGAUAGCAAGAAAAAACACAAGCGUUCGAAAGAGGAGAUUGCCAAGGAGUUCGAACUACCAGAGCGAAAAAGUAAGAUUGCAACGAUUAUGAAACAUGAUGAAGAAGCUUAUUGUAUAUGUCGAUCAUCCGAUUGCUCAAGAUUUAUGAUUGCGUGUGAUGCAUGUGAAGAAUGGUAUCAUGGUGAUUGUAUAAAUGUAACCGAAAAAGAAGCGAAACAUAUAAAACAUUACUAUUGUUUGAGCUGCAAAGAAUCUGAUCCAUCCCUGCAAACUGUAUUCCGUGCGGUGCCAGUUGCUGUGGCCGGCAUCACUGCCGAAGAUCGUAAGGCAAAGAAACUGGCAAAAGAAGCGAAAAAACGUGAAAAAGAAAGCGCUCGCGAUGGCGAUCGAAAAAAGGAUAAAAAAGAGCGAGCGACCAAAUCAAAAGAACGUUGUGGUUAUUGUUCGGCAUGCACGGCACCAAGUUGUGGUGAAUGUAAUGCAUGCCUUGCUCGUCAACCGGGUCGAAAGCAUCGAUGUGAACGUCGUAUGUGUCUGAAUGCCAAUUCGAAAAAAGAGAAAAUUGCAUCGCGCGCAAAACGUCGUCGUCGUUCAUCCAGUCCGGAGAUUUUCAUCAAUCCCGAACUCGAAGGUGAUCGUCAGUGUUAUGGACCAAAUUGUCGAAUGACCUCAAAGCCCCAAUCGAAAUAUUGUUCCGAUGCAUGCGGUCUAAAGUUGGCCACCAGUCGUAUUUAUCAAGUAUUACCGCAACGCAUCCAAGAAUGGAAUUUAUCGCCGUGCAACGCUGAAGAACGGAAUAUCAAACAGUUGGAAGUGAUUCGUGCAAAACAGGUCACUGUUCGUGCAACAUUGGGUGAAUUGGAUAAGCGACAAAAAGAAUUGGAUUUAUUGGUCGAGCGUGCAAAACAUUGUACACUCGAUCCAAAAGCACUUGAGACCACCGAAGAAGAUGAAAUGUCAAUGUAUUGUAUAACAUGUGGCCAUGAAAUUCAUUCACGCACGGCCAUUCGUCACAUGGAAAAAUGUUUUAACAAAUAUGAAAGUCAGGCAUCGUUUGGUAGUAUUUUUAAAACUCGUCUCGAAGGCAAUUCUAUGUUUUGUGAUUUUUAUAAUCCGGCCAGCAACACAUAUUGCAAACGAUUACGAGUUUUAUGCCCCGAACAUUGUAAAGAUCCAAAAAUAAGCGAUGCAGAUGUGUGCGGAUGUCCGUUAGUAAAAAAUGUUUUUGAAUUGACCGGUGAAUUUUGUCGGGCACCGAAAAAACAUUGCUUUAAACACUAUGUGUGGGAAAAGAUUCGACGGGCCGAAAUCGAUCUGGAACGGGUGCGAGAAUUUUUAAAACUGGAUGAACUUAUGGAUCAAGAACGACAAGUUAGAGCCGCAAUGACAUCACGAGCUAAUGUUCUUGGAUUGAUGCUACACUCAACUUACAAUCAUGAAGUCAUGGAGAGACUAUGCAGGCAAUCACAACGACAACAACCAUAAUAAAGAAAUUACAAUUCAUUUUUCUUCCAUUCAGAAUCAAUAAUAAUAAAUCAUUUUGUAUUUAACAAA